GGAGCCAUGCGGCUGAGCUUGCGCGCGUGGAGCGGCGCCGCCCGGGCCGCGUGGCGCGAGAGCUACCCCCUGGGCGGCCGCGACGUGGCACGCUGGUUCCCCGGACACAUGGCCAAGGGGCUGAAGAAAAUGCAGAGUAGCCUGAAGCUGGUGGACUGCAUUCUUGAAGUCCACGAUGCCCGCAUCCCCCUUUCAGGCCGAAACCCUCUGUUUCAGGAAACACUCGGGCUCAAACCUCACCUGCUCAUCCUCAACAAAAUGGACUUGGCUGACUUGGGGCAGCAGAAGAAAAUUCGGCAACACUUGGAAGGACAAGGUGUGAAGAACGUCAUUUUCACCAAUUGUGUGAAGGACGAGAACAUCCAGCAGGUUAUCCCAGCAGUUACGGAGCUGGUCAGGAGUAGCUGCCGAUACCACCGAGGUGAGAGCCUGGAAUUCUGUGUCAUGGUCAUCGGUGUCCCCAAUGUCGGCAAGUCCUCCCUGAUCAAUUCUCUCAGGAGGCAGCACCUCAAGAAAGGGAAGGCCACCCGGGUGGGCGGUGAGCCUGGAAUCACCAGAGCUGUGAUGUCCCGGAUUCAGGUCUGUGAGCGGCCAUUGAUGUUCCUGCUGGACACCCCUGGGGUGCUGGCGCCUCACAUCGCCAGUGUGGAGACAGGCUUGAAGUUGGCCCUGUGUGGAACUGUGCUAGACCACCUGGUGGGGGAGGAGACACUGGCCGACUACCUGCUGUUCAACCUCAACAGACAAGGACUCUUCAGGUACGUGCAGCACUAUGACUUGGGUGAGGCCUCUGAUGACGUGGCCAGUGUCCUGAAGCAGGUGGCCGUGCGGCUGAGAAAGACUAGGAAGGUGAAGGUACUCACGGGCACAGGGAACGUGAACGUUGUCCAGCCCAACUACACGGCUGCAGCCCGUGACUUCCUCCGUUCCUUUCGCUGUGGGCUUCUGGGCCCUGUGAUGCUGGACCAAGACAUCCUGUAGAGCUGGCCUGGGGGAUAGAUCCUGCCUGUGGUAGUGAACCUGGUACUCCUUAUCAUCAGGACACCUGUCUUGACCUCAGACCAUUUUUGCCUGUAAACAGUUUCCAGAAUCUGCUCCUUAUCUAUCAACCAGUGACAGGCCCUCUCCCCAGAACUGACCUGUAACGCUCACAUACAUUUGAUAGAAGAAUGUGCUGUAAGGGCCCUGAGUGAUAGCACAGCGGGUAGGGCAUUUGCCUCGCC